AUGGUUCUUAUUGUGGAUGAUAUCGCACUAAUAUUGACCGCAGCGACCACUUUAACGCUCCUUAUACUUACGGUCGUCACUAAAAAAACCGAUGGGAACGCGAGUUUCCUACGGGCGGCCAGAGCUGGCAAUUUGGACAAAGUGUUGGAGUAUCUGAAGAGCAGUAUCGAUAUCAACACGAGUAAUGCGAACGGUCUGAACGCUCUUCACUUGGCUUCGAAAGAAGGACACGUCUCUGUGGUUACGGAGCUUUUGAAGAGAGGCGCUAAUGUAAACGCAGCCACAAAACUAGAAGUGGUGAAAGUGUUGAUCCAAAAUGGAGCCAAUGUUAACGUUCAAUCGCUUAAUGGCUUUUCGCCGCUCUAUAUGGCCGCUCAGGAGAACCACGACUCGGUUGUCAGAUAUUUGUUGUCUAACGGCGCGAACCAGAGUCUGGCCACUGAGGAUGGCUUUACGCCGUUGGCCGUAGCCCUACAACAGGGUCACGACAAAGUGGUGGCCGUACUCCUCGAGAACGACACCAAAGGCAAAGUGCGAUUACCGGCCCUUCACGUGGCGGCCAAGAAGGAUGACUGUAAGGCCGCCGCUCUGCUCCUCCAGAACGACCACAACCCAGACGUCACCUCCAAGUCUGGCUUUACUCCCCUUCACAUCGCUUCCCAUUACGGCAACGAAAACAUCGCGGCUCUCCUUCUGGACAAGAACGCGGACGUGAACUUUGUGGCCAAACAUCACAUCACACCCAUUCACGUGGCGGCCAAAUGGGGAAAAGUCAAUAUGGUUUCGCUUCUGCUCGACCGCAAGGCUAAGAUAGACGCCGCCACCAGAGAUGGACUGACACCCCUUCACUGCGCCGCCCGUAGCGGACACGAGGCUGUUGUCGACCUACUGCUCGAAAGAGGAGCUCCUAUUUCUGCCAAAACAAAGAAUGGUUUGGCACCUCUUCAUAUGGCAGCUCAAGGCGAUCACGUCGAUAGCGCUCGUAUACUGCUGUUCCAUAAGGCACCUGUAGAUGAUAUAACUGUGGACUAUUUGACAGCCCUUCACGUGUCGGCCCAUUGCGGUCACGUAAGAGUAGCUAAACUUCUAUUGGAUCGUAAGGCAGACCCGAACGCACGGGCGCUGAACGGCUUUACGCCACUGCAUAUCGCGUGCAAAAAGAAUCGGAUAAAAGUGGUGGAACUGCUGCUAAAACACGGCGCGUCCAUCGAGUCGACCACCGAAUCCGGUUUGACUCCACUACAUGUGGCGGCGUUCAUGGGCUGCAUGAAUAUUGUCAUAUAUCUGAUCCAACACUUGGCCAACGCCGACGUGCCGACCGUCAGAGGGGAGACACCAUUGCAUUUGGCCGCCAGAGCCAAUCAAACCGAUAUAAUUAGGAUUUUGCUGAGAAAUGGUGCACAAGUGGACGCUAAGGCCAGAGAGCAACAGACGCCGCUACACAUCGCGUCCCGUCUCGGAAAUGUCGAUAUCGUUGGUCUACUGCUCCAGAAUGGCGCUGACAUCGACGCCACCACUAAAGACAUGUACACUCCUCUGCACAUCGCGGCGAAAGAGGGUCAGGACGAGGUGGCGGCCGUACUUCUAGAACACGGCGCUUCUCUUAACGCCACCACUAAAAAAGGGUUCACUCCAUUGCAUUUGGCGGCUAAAUAUGGAAACAUUAAAGUGGCCCGACUUCUCAUCAGCAAAGACGCGCCCGUCGAUGCACAGGGAAAGAACAAUGUGACUCCAUUGCAUUGCGCGGCUCAUUACGAUCACGUCAAUGUGGCGCUACUGCUCCUGGAAAAGGGGGCGUCGCCUCACGCGACCGCUAAGAACGGCUACUGUCCUCUCCAUAUCGCCGCCCGUAAGAACCAAAUGGAUAUCGCGACCACUCUUCUUGAGUACGGCGCCAAAGCUAACGCCGAGUCUAAAGCCGGUUUUACGCCAUUGCAUUUGGCGUGUCAGGAGGGCCACAACGAAAUGGCCACUCUUCUCAUUGGACAUCAGGCAGAUAUCAACGUGAAGGCCAAGAACUCGUUGACUCCAUUGCAUUUGUGCGCUCAGGAGGACAGAGUGAAUGUGGCGACAAUUCUGGCCAGAAAUCGGGUGGAAAUAUCGCCGCAAACCAAAGCCGGUUACACACCGCUGCACGUGGCCUCCCAUUUUGGGCAACUCAAUAUGGUUAGAUUCCUCCUACAGAACGGCGCUGAUGUGAACGCAACCAAUGCUCAUGGCUACACACCAUUACAUCAGGCGGCACAACAGGGACACACAGCCAUCGUCAACACACUGCUCGAGCACAAGGCCUCGCCGAACGCCAUCACUAGUCAGGGCCAGACAGCGCUGUCGAUCGCCCAACGCUUGGGCUAUAUAUCGGUCGUCGAGACGCUGAAAGUGGUGACCGAACUCGUGGUGAAGACGACCACAACUACAGUG